GAGGCCAGCAUCGAUUCCCUCCACACUCGCAUCCACCACCUCAACUUCCUUCUAACUCCCACCACUCACCCGACAUGCCGUCCAAGCGCAUCCUCUUCGUCUUCACCUCCGCCAACAAGACCCUCACGGGCGCCCAGACCGGCUGGUUCCUCCCCGAAGCCGCGCACCCCUACAACGUCCUCGCGCCCAAGUACGAGAUCGACUUCGCGUCGCCGGCGGGCCCCAACCCGCCCGUCGACGAGGGCAGCGUGCAGAUGUUCCCCGACGACGUGAAGUUCCUCGAGGACCCCGUGGUGAAGGAGAAGCUCGCGACCGCGAAGAAGCUCUCCGAGGUCAGCCACGAGGCCUACGACGCGGUCUUCUACGUCGGCGGCCACGGCCCCGUCAUCGACCUUGCGUCGGACCCCGUUAACAUCAAGCUCGCCUCGUCUUUCUUCCAGGCGGGCAAGAUCACGUCGGCUGUGUGCCACGGUCCCGCUGCGAUUGUCGGCGCGACGGACGCGAACGGCGUGAGCAUCUUCAAGGGCCGCAAGGCCACUGGUUUCUCGGACCUCGAGGAGGUGCAGGUGGACAAGGUCAAGGACGUGCCCUUCCUGCUCGAGACGCGCAUCAAGGAGCUUGGUGGCGCGUACGAGAAGGCUAAGGACCCCUGGGCGGCGCACGUUGUUGCCGACGGUAUCCUGAUCACCGGCCAGAACCCCGCGUCGGCGCACCCGAUCGGCGAGGCCAUCGACAAGGCUCUCUCUUCUGCAUGAGCUGGGUAACAGAAGUGGACGGCCGUGUACAUAUACUGUAAAAUAGCGAGACGGAAUCGCCAUAAUACACCAAUCUCGACAUCGUGUUUCACUCA